CUGAUUGAAUGGUGUCAAAACUUAGUGACUAGGAGAAGAAGAGCUAUGUGUUCUUGUAGUUGAUUUUGUAUGUGUUCGUGUCUUUUGUAUCUAGCAUACAAAUAGGAAAAAAACAAAGAGCAAAAUGGGAAAUGCACAUGGGGCAUUUUUAGAGCUCUUGGAGUUUCAUAUUGUUUGAAUUUAUUCUUAAUAUAGUCUUCUCAUUGUUUACAAUGGUAGCUGUUGUAGCUUUAUUCAUGAUUCAGCCUUUGUAUGUCAUGAAUUUUAAAUACUAGGGAUAAGAAAUAUUGAAUAGCUUAUUCUAAGGUAGCACUCCUAAAAUUUCCUUUUCUUCCUCUCGUUCAUAUUUGAUAGACAACUUAUUGUUGAGAACUUAUAUAUUGCAUAGAUAUCAAAUACUCACAGUCUAGGAAGUUUUGGGCAAAUCAUCCUCUCUAGUUCUUGCAUACUACCACAUUUUAAAUGAAGCAUGUGCAACCUUAUUCAAUCUAGCUUUUUUUUUUUUUAACAGAAAUCAUGUAUGCGCUAAGUUAUUUAUUUACUCAUAAACCUACCAAACUCGCAAUACAAAUUAAAGUAUGAAACUGAAAUCAAACAUAACCUUCCUAAUCCCACUAGGUUCCUAAUAAUUGAAUUACAAUGAAAUUGUAACUCUUAUUCUGCAUGAUAAGUGUUACUGUGACAGUCAUGUAGCAGUUGAUGAGUGUGUGCUCACAGUAAGUUAAGUUUUUGGUGUGUUAUAACCCGCUUUUGGACAUUCGCUUGCCAAAUUAUGACUUGUAGAACUUGAUUGAUUUUACUUGUUCAUAAUUUCAAUGGGGGGAAACACUAAACAAUUAUUUGGAUUAUGGGAAGUUACAGAAAUGCAGUGCUAAUUUUGUCUGGUAACUAUGAUGUGAAAUUAAUUUCACCUUCCAAGAGUAUAUGUAAAUACCAGAAAGCAAUUUUUUUCUUUUUUAGUUUUUCUAAAUUUCCACUUCCCAUCCCAGGUGCUUAUUUCAUUUGUGUAAAUUUUGUAUAGGCUAAUACUAGUGACAGUGGAGAGAGCUUCAGUGUUGAUUGGGACACUGAAGAUGAGAAUGAGCUUGAAACUGAGAGCAUAGAAGAAAUUCCUGGUCAAGAAGUUUUUGCAGUCCCUGGAGAGUCAAGUUCUGCUGCUGUUUCUUCCAGCUCCCAGGUGAUCCAUCACUUCAUGGGAAUGGGGUUUGCUAAAGAUUUGGUGGUCAGAGUGAUGCAUGAACAUGGAAAGUAAAAAUUUUUCACUGGAGAAGGACCGGAUUCUGUCUAUUCUAAUUGACAUGGGAUAUCAAGCUGAGGAGGCCAUGAGAGCUAUUAAUGCAAACGGUAUGGAUGCACCAGUUGCUGAUCUUGCAGAUUUUAUUUGUGCCUCACAAGUGGAAAAGGGAACUUGUUUAAGUUUAAGAGAACCGCCUUGUCAAAAGGGUGAAUGCUCCUCUAGUCAACAGCUAACAAAUUCUCACCUUUUGAAAAGCAAGACAGAACUUGAAACAAGGAAACGUAAACUGCAACAGAUACUAGAGCAAAAGCCUGUGGGUCGGGACAAGGAGGUGUGUCGUUUGCCAAACCCAAUGAUAGGAUUUGGGGUUCCUGGUGAACCAUUGCUGAUAGUUAAUAGAGUACUCCCAAACAAUGCCAUGGGCCCUCCCUAUUUUUAUUAUGAAAAUGUGGCAUUCACUCCAAAAGGGGUUUGGAGUACUAUAUCUAAGUUUUUAUUUGACAUUAAGCCAGAAUUUGUAGAUUCUAAGUACUUGUGUGCAGCUGCUAGAAAGAGAGGUUAUGUCCAUAACCUGCCAAUCCAAGGUAGGUUCCAGCUUCUACCUCCCCCACCACUCACUAUACAUGAAGCCCUUCCUCUAACAAAAAAAUGGUGGCCAUCUUGGGACACAAGAACGAAGUUGAAUUGUCUUGUUACUUGUGUGGCGAGUGCCAAACUGACAGAAAGGAUAAAGAAAGCACUUGAGAAGUCAGAUGGUGAGCCUCCUGCAAAUGUUAAGAAAUUUGUCCUAGAGAAAUGCAAAAAAUGGAACCUAAUUUGGGUUGGGAAAAACAAGGCGGCACCACUUGAUCCAGAUGAGCUAGAGAAAUUGAUGGGGUUUCCAAGGAACCACACAAGGGGCUUUCGUACUACUGAAAGAUAUACAAUGCUUGGAAAUUCUUUUCAUGUUGAUACAGUGGCAUUCCAUCUAUCUGUUUUGAAGGAAUUGUUCCCUUCUGGCAUCAACGUCCUAUCACUUUUCUCUGGAAUUGGCGGUGCUGAAGUUGCAUUACACCGACUUGGCAUCCCUUUGAAAAAUGUGGUUUCUAUUGAAAAAUCAAAGACUUGCCAUGCUGUUGUUCGAUGUUGGUGGGAAGAAACAAACCAACAAGGUAACCUAAUUCACAUUGUAGAUGUGAAUGAUGUGACUCCGGGUAGGAUAGCUGAAUUGAUUGCUUCAUUUGGUGGGUUUGAUUUAGUGAUUGGUGGAAGCCCGUGUAAUAAUCUUGCCGGGGGAAACAGAGUGAGUAGGGAUGGGCUCGAGGGAAAGGAAUCUUCUCUAUUCUUUCAAUAUCCUCGCAUCUUAAACCUAGUUAAGUCCAUGAUGAAUCUCAAAUGAUUGUAUGUAGAUAACUUCUCUUGUGACUUUUCUAGAAGAUAAUAUUAGAAUAUUGAUAUUGGGUUUUCCUUAAUGAUA